AUGGCCAAAAUCCAGGCCGCGUCUGUGUCAAAUCAGGUCAUCAACCGCAAGCGGAAAAGACGCACACCAGCCCUGGCAGCUGCAGAGUCUGUUGAGAACGCCGAGAAUGGAGAGAACGAGACCGGGCAACCAGAAGCACCUGCUACGACGACUACCAAGGUUCCAACGAAGACGAAAGAUGGCGGUAAGAAGGCGAGAAGGGUUCUGCCAACAGGCGGCUACCGCCCACCAACGAUGAGGCGAAAUUCCUCCACCGAUCUGGUAGAGUCGACCAUACCCUGGCCCGACCACUUCAAGUACCUAGCUGCCCUGCAUCGAGCCUUGUCGAUAGUGCACACCUUCUGUGCGACCAGAAAACAUUUCGCGACCACCUGGGACAACAUCAAGUCCGCGGUAGAGGGCCACAUCAAGAGACCGCUGAUCGAAGCCGAUGUCGCUCAAGUCAAGGCGCUGGUGCCUCGGGCAAUUACAUUCGCAUACGUUGACGAGGAUAUGCUCGCUGUCACGCUUGCUGGAGAGGGCGGAGACAUCAGUGCCGGUCGAGCAGACUGGUUCGGUACGAAGAACGAAGACAAUAACGGCGAGUCGAAGGAGCUGCUUCUCUUCGAAUUCGUAGAUGGCGAUCUCAAGAGACAAGUACGUGACCCGAAGACAGGUGAGGCGGUCAAAGCGACACAGAAACUACGCAACGAAGAGUUGAAGAUGCCAGUCUUCAGUCAGAAGUCGAUGCUGAAACUGAUUGAGAAGCGAAAUGUCAAGAUCACUUCUGCUAUUAAUGGCUUCUUAAAUCAGUGUGCUGAAGAUGACACUGACCCUGUCAAGAAGAUACUGGAGUUGAAGGAGCAAUACAUACCGAGGCCGGCGAUCAGUAGGCCUUCGUCACCGCGACCAGGACAGAAGCCAUCCCAGACGAUCCCAAAAGACCGGAAGUCGAUUGCUGAGAUCGUGCAAGAGCUUACAGAGAUGGACUGGUAUACCCACCAGAUCGUGCCUGAUGGUCAUCGAGUCUUCGAGGCUCAGGAAGCUAUCUACGGCGAGCUUAAGUUCCCACUUUCCCAGAGUCUUGUUAACGCACUGUACAAUACUCGAAGCAUCACCCAAUUCUACUCCCACCAAGCUGAAGCUAUCAAUGCUCUACAUGACGGUCGCCAUGUUAUCACAUCUACUAGCACCUCAUCUGGCAAGUCGCUGAUCUAUCAAGUCCCCAUGCUCCACGCUCUAGAGCAAGACUCAAGGAGUAGAGGAAUGUACAUCUUCCCCACCAAAGCUCUAGCUCAGGACCAGCGCCGAGCGAUGAAAGAGCUUCUGACUUACCUGCCCAACCUUGGCGAUAUUAUGGUCGAAACCUUCGACGGUGACACGCCCAUGGCGGAGCGGAACCUGAUACGUGACGAAGCACGCAUCAUCUUCACGAAUCCUGAUAUGCUUCAUAUCACGAUACUUCCUCAAGAGAGCGGUUGGCGAACGUUCUUGCAAAACCUGAAAUACGUCGUAGUGGACGAACUUCACGUCUACAACGGCAUGUUUGGAGCACAUGUCGCUUUCAUCAUGCGACGCCUUCGAAGGAUUUGUGCUGCUGUUGGAAAUCGAAAAGUCAAGUUCAUCUCCUGCUCUGCCACAGUCAGCAACCCCGAAGAGCAUAUGAAGACAAUCUUUGGCCUGGACAAUGUCAAGCUCAUCGACUUUGACGGCUCACCGUCCGGUCGGAAAGAAUUCGUAUGCUGGAACACUCCGUACAAAGACCCUGGCGAUCCAACAUCUGGCCGUGGAGACGCUUUCUACGAGACUGCUCGGUUGCUGUCAGAGCUCAUCCUUCGUGGUGUGCGUGUCAUCGCGUUCUGCCGCAUUCGAAAGCAGUGCGAGGUCUUGUUGGGUGCGGUCCGAGCAUACUUCAACUCCAUUGAGCGGCCACAUUGUGCUGCAUUGGUAAUGGGCUAUCGAGGUGGCUAUUCUGCUCAGGAUCGACGCCGGAUAGAGGCAGAAAUGUUCUCUGGAAAGUUGAUGGGUAUUGUCGCAACUACGGCUCUUGAAUUGGGCGUCGACAUCGGAUCCCUUGACGCUGUCGUCACAAUGGGUUUUCCUUACACCAUAGCCAAUCUGCGGCAGCAAUCCGGCCGUGCAGGUCGCCGGAACCGAGACUCGCUGUCCGUGCUUGUUGGCGACUGCUUUCCUGUCGACCAGCAUUUCAUGGCCAAUCCUGAUGAGCUUUUCACCAAACCCAACUGCGAACUACAGGUCGAUCUCACGAACGAGCUUGUCGUCGAGGGUCACAUCCAAUGCGCCGCCUAUGAGAUGCCCAUCGUCCCUGCCGAAGACGCUCGCUUCCUGGGCUCCCAACUUCCUCAGAUCUGCGCCGACCGUCUCGGCGACCCUGACGAGCAUGGCUUCUAUCACACGCAUCCACGUUUCCGGCCAAUUCCAAGCAAGCACGUCUCUAUUCGAGACACUGAAGAUGACUCCUUCGCCGUGGUUGACAUCACACACGGUCAGAAUCUUGUUCUCGAAGAAGUCGAAGCCUCUCGUGCUUUCUUCACGCUCUACGAUGGUGGCAUCUUCCUGCAUCAAGGGCGGACGUACAUGGUCAAAGAGUUCAGCCCAGAACGCAAGAUCGCCAAAGUUCAGCUGGUGAAGGUCGACUGGACGACUCAGCAGCGAGACUUUACCGACGUGGACCCCAUCGAGACCGAACAGGUGCGACGCGUGAGCCAGCAAUCGCUCACAAAGGCCUAUUUCGGGCGCAUCAAGGUCCAUGCUGUGGUCUUUGGCUUCUUCAAACUGGACGCCAGACGACGUAUUCUCGAUGCUGUGGCAGUCGACAACCCACCUAUCAUUAUCUUCAGCAGAGGUCUCUGGAUCGAUGUCCCCAAAUUUGCUCUACAGAUUCUGAAGUCCAAGCGCAUGAACCUGGCUGCUGCGAUUCACGCCGCCGAGCAUGCUAUCAUGAGCCUUAUGCCGCAAUUUGUGGUGUCAAUGCCAGGAGAUGUGCGCACGGAGUGUAAGAACGCGCUGAAGGAGUUCGCCAAGAAAGACACACAGCGGAAGCGACCAGCUCGACUCACCUUCUACGAUGCCAAAGGUGGUGCAGCGGGCAGUGGCAUAGCGGCCAAGGCUUUCGAGUUCAUCGACACGCUCCUCCAGAAGGCGGUGCUGCGGGUGGGCGAGUGUCACUGCGUGGAAGGCUGUACUGAGUGUAUUUGUGACGAGCGUUGUAAGGAAAAGAACGUGAUCAUGAGCAAAGCAGGGGCAGGUGUGAUCUUGAAGUCGCUGAUUGGGGCCGAUAUUGACGUCGAUGCGUUGCCUGAGGGCGAGGAGGAGAGAGUGCCCGAGGGCGUAGAGACCGUCAUUGCAGCAACGGAAAUUAUGGGAGCCCACGGUAGGAGGGUCGAAAUGAGGGCGGAUGAUGGGCGAUGGGUCAAAUCGGAAGAAGAGAUGAUUGUGAUCAAGGACGAGCCUGAGGAUUGA